CAUUGCCCCUGCUCGACCGUCGGGCACCGUUAGUGCGCGGACGCGUGUUCUCAGCCCGAAGGGGGCCUAGUACGGUGUUUGGCGAGUGCUGGUUCGGGGGUUUACGCGCUCCCCGCGCCGAUGCGUGGGCCCCCCAGACUUCGGAGUGCCGGCGCUCUGGAUUCCCGCAGCCCUCUACACAUCUGACCUCAGCCUAUCGACGAUAACUGUCAAAUGUCUUGGAGUAACAGCUACACUAAAGUCGAGGUGGUACAGCCCCAGACAUCGUCCGGCUCCAUCAAAGCGGCAACGGCUGUUUCGUCGUGCCGGUACACGGACGACGACCGUGGUGGUGCCGCUGGUGGUGGUGUCGGUGGUGGUGGUGUCGGUGGUGGUGGUGUCGGUGGUGGCGUUACCACCUGGGGGGAGUCGAGGAGAUCGCCCCCCACACAAAUCGAGAUUAUCCCAUGCAAAGUCUGCGGCGACAAAUCUUCUGGAGUCCACUACGGCGUGAUCACGUGUGAAGGCUGCAAGGGUUUCUUCAGGAGAAGCCAGUCAAGCGUCGUGAAUUACCAGUGCCCCCGGCAAAAGAACUGCGUCGUUGAUCGCGUCAACAGGAACCGAUGCCAGUACUGCAGACUACAAAAGUGUCUCGCGCUAGGAAUGUCUCGAGAUGCGGUCAAGUUCGGCCGCAUGUCCAAGAAGCAGCGGGAGAAAGUGGAAGAUGAGGUCCGCUUUCACCGGGCGCAGCUGGUGCGCCCACAGGGCAGUGCGGUGGCCUCAACGGCCGCUGCCACGUCGACGCAGCCUGCACAGCCGGCCACCGAGACGUCGCCCGACAGCUCGGUCUUCGACCAGCAGCAGACACCAUCGUCCUCGAACCAGGUCGUGCCCUUCCUCAAUGGAGGGUACCCUUACUCCGAGGAAUUGGCAUCGUACACGCCCAACGGGUACGCGUACGCGGCCACGCCCACAAUUGCUUUCGAAAUGAGCACCGACUACGUGGACAGCACCACGUUUGAGCAGCGCCAGCAGCUGGACUCCACGGCGGACACCAACGGUCUCCUCUCGACCACCACGCCCGUAGCUGUGCCUGCCUCUUCCCUCGCCUCGCACCUCGAAGAUUCAGAUUUGAAAUCGGCUUCCCAAGAAGAUCUGCUCGCGAAGACUGUAUCGGAUGCGCACAACCGCACCUGCCUCUACAGCACGGAACAGAUACAGGAGCUGACGAGGAAGCCACUAGACAUCUCUCGCGUCAUGCUUUACAAAAACAUGGCACACGAGGAGCUGUGGCUUGAUUGUGCACAGAAGCUUACACAGAUAAUCCAGCAGAUAAUCGAGUUUGCCAAGAUGGUACCUGGCUUCAUGAAACUUUCCCAGGACGACCAGAUUGUUCUUCUGAAAGCAGGGAGUUUUGAGUUGUGCAUACUGAGGAUGAGCAGGUACUUUGACGUGGCAACGGGGUCGGUGCUCUACAAUGACAGUCUGCUUCCGAUGGACGCUUUCAUCACGCAAGAAACCCAAGAGAUCAAGCUUGUAAAUAAUGCCUUCAACUUUGUGCGGAGCAUAGCCGAGAUGAAGCUCACGGAAACGGAACUGGCGCUCUACUCGGCCUACGUGCUGCUUGCUCCAGACCGGCCGGGCCUGAAGGGCAUCUCGGAGAUCCAGCGGUUGAACGCGGCCAUCCUCAAGUCUUUGCGCUACGAGCUGGGCAAGACUCACGAGCAGCCGUACAAGGGCGAUGUGAGCGCCUUCGACUGCCUGCUCGCCAAGCUCUCCAGCCUGCGCGAGGUCAGCCUGCUGCACAUGGACGCACUGGCCAAGUUCCGCCGUACGGUGCCCCACCUCGAGUUCCCUGCGCUCCACAAGGAGCUCUUCUCCGUCGACAUCUGAAGCAACGGCAAAAAGCUGACCAGCACCGGCUGCUGGCCCAGCUGCAAACGUCGUGUCUUCUCCGGAAUGGCCCACUGUUGCUUCUUUUCAACUUGGUCUAAGCUUGAAAUGAACCCCCGAAGAUUGUAGCCCGCUGCGGUGUGCCUUUCGACUUCGACUUAGUGGACUUUAGACAUACUUUAGAAAAGUCAUGAUGACUGAUGCACAUGGUUCAAUGUUGAGGAGCGGCUCAAACGAUGCCGUAUCCAUACCCGGCGGCCUCAUAUGCUACAUUGGCAUGUUGUCCACAUGUCCCGCAAGAAACAACCAGCCCAGCUUUAGCUCCGACAGGAUAACGUGUCUUGGCAUGACCGAGCCGGAUUCCUCUCUUUGCUUAGUUCGCCAUUUCCAGAGAUGCGGCUCUGAUCCAACGCAGCAUCAGUCUCUAACUCUUGCAUAGCACACCAAUGUAGCACCGUCGCCGGUGUUCCUCUGGUCACCAACUUUGUAGCUAUGUGUUGUUCUCCUCUUUAUUCCAGAGAAGAGAAUUCGUGGUGAAUCUGACAAAAUGGCGCCAGUGUUACAUGCAAGCUUUUGAGUGGUUAUUGCCCGAGGAGAUACACAGCCGUUGUUUUAGCAUUGUUUCGGCGGUUUUUACACGGUGGGCAAAUGCAGUGUCACGACUCCUCGCACAGGAUAACCUCGCACAAGCUGAUUUUGCUUUUUCGUUGAUGAUGGAACUACCGGAGAAGACACAUCGUUAUCAAGCGCCUCCUUUUCCCUGUAUGCCGUGGUAAUCGCAGGCUCGACAUGUUGUUUCCAUCUGUUGAUUUUUAUGUUCAAAUAACUGCAUUCACUUGCUGAAGUGGCAUGCCAAAUGUGAAUCUUGCUGGAAUUGAGUGUCAGGAAUUGCACGACAAAUUGCAGUUGUAGUUUGAGAACCUCUAAUCCGCACGAACUCCUGUUUGCCUUUUUUUACUGCAAUGGAUUGUACAAAGCUGUUUGAUUGUGCGCAUGUCCUUUAACCAUCGGAGCUCGUUCAGAUGACAUUGAUGCCUUGGGCUCAGUGCUGCUUAAUUGAAAUGAAUUUUCUUUGAAAUUUAGUUGAAAAGUAUGUGAAAUUAAGUGUAUUUUUUGCGUAACUUGUGUGAAAUAAAUUAGGCUAAAUUUGUUUACACCAAUUCUGUACGAAUAAUGCAAGGAGAAGCUGCUUAGUCAGUAUUUUGUCUUCGGAACAACCGUCAUACAAGAGUCUUAGCGUAGUCAGCAUCUUUAUUCACGACGCCUAGCUCAACAACCAGCCGAGGCUCCUUAGAAGGCAGCGUACUUUUUUCGUCAUAUGUCAUCAUAGCUUGUAGGUCAGCCAUCGGAUCACGUUCACUGCGCCACCAUUUCGUCUCAUUUCCAGCUUCCCACAUCGACAACACUGCCACCAUUUUUUCUGGUCGAUGGUGGGGGGCCCCAUGUGCAACUUGCAGCUAUCGCAAAACCCUGUGUGGUCGACUGAGAGGAAGUCAUGGCGUGUCCGCCAACUCUUAAGGAACGCAGCUGGUCGAAAGGUGAUGGUGCUUUCUCAAUCGCGGAGGCGGGACAGAGACGGAACAAAGAAUCACGUCGUGGCGCGUUUUGUCUUGACAGCGCGUUGUUGAGAUUAUUGACCUUUUCCUUGUUCCUUUUUCUUCGUCGCAUCCGCGCAGAUGUUGUUCGGUGUCGGGCGUUUUCUUGUUAUGCCAUUAGUGUUUUUACGAGUUCUUGUUCUCGCUGUAAGAGAAGAAAUCGCCUGCUAACUUUGCGGAAGAAGGUCGAUAAUAGCUCCAACACUCACAGAAACACAUCAAGAAACAAACGCAAGUACAUGUACACACACAGAAAGUUUACGAAUGAGAAAACCUAGCUCUGUACAUAACGAAUCAUUACCAGGUAAAGAUGUCGUGAAGCUCAUCCAAGAAAUUUCGUUUGUUUCUUUGUCGCUGAGACGUGUACCGGGUAACCAUACAUGGAGAGAAAGAAUGAAUAAAAAAAGAGCGAGAGAAGCAAUAAUGUGAUAUCUUACACGACGACACCCCGCAUACAAAGGAAACACGAAAGAGUUCCGGGCUGACCCUUGUACAUAUUGCGCACCUUCGCGACCGGUCGAUCUCCAUAGAUGUGUAAUUACUACCAUUAUUAUAUAUAUUAUUGUUCUCUUAUCAUGCGACGAUGCACUAACCGUAUUUCUCUGUUUCGAAACCUCUACGUCAAUGCUGUUAUCCUGUGUUUUCGAAUCUUGUUAACAACGCCCAGGAAAGUUUGUACUCGUCCCUGUUGUUGCCUGCUCAGGGACGCGUUCACGUGAUCGGUGCUAGAGGGCGCCGGGCGCUCGUGCGCACUUCUCGUUCGGUGUUGAGCCCGUGCCUUGCUGCUCUUGUGUGCGGAGAGUAAACCUUGUGUUUAUCGAUUCUGUUAGCGUUAUGGGUGGAUGUCGUCACAUUCACAGCGCCCGUCCUGUUAGCGCUACAGUGCCAGUAGUUAUUACUACAUUUUCUGCUGUACUUAGAGUGAAAUCUUCACUGUCGCGUUGUCCACAUCACAGCUAAAAUGUCCAGCCUACAUUGAGUGAACUACUAGUUAGCUGCAUUGAGGAUCCUGAAUGCGAAUUAUUGGGUGGGGGCAUGGAGGGUUGCGCGCUUAAAGAUAACGCGGUAAUUCGAACUGUAGAGAUCUCCCAUUAGCUAAAACGAUGGCGUAAUGAAACUCCUCAUGAAAUCGAUAUAUCUGCGUAAACCUGCGCACUGAUUGUUAUGUGCGCACUCGUGGGUGAAAAUCCCUAUAUUUAUACAAUGGCGGUGUGUGAGCCAGUCUAUGUUCACUGAGUAAAUUAUUGGCUUUGAUUUUGUCGUGCAGCCUAUGGGUUUUUAAAAUUUAUUUAUUUAGCCCAGCGUUUUCGUGUGACAGAAGAAAGUGUUGAGAAGUGUGCACCGCGCCUGGCCGCCCAUUUCGUCGGUGUGGACCAGGUUGUUUCACAGAUUGCUGUUAAUGACUGUGGGCCUCCAAAAAAAUAAUUCCCCUGCUUGUCGUUAAGCGGCACAGUGAUUCGUUAAACGAAGAUGAAUCGACGAAAUAUGUAGUUGCAGUUAAAGGAAACGUCAAACGUUUUUGAAGACUACUAUCGUGCUCCAUUGCUGUAAAAUGCAUCUUUUGUCACUUUCUUAAAGAUUACAAAGUCUUUGGUGAAAGGUUUAGAUGUUUUAGAUGGCCUAUGGUGUAACAUGUCCUUUUUUUCAAAUGUUAUAUGCUCACUUAUUUAUGAAGCACCAACGUGAACGUUCGUUUUAUGACAUGACGUGAAUAAAUGUACAUUGUAUGCCAU